AUUCUACCGUUGGAUAUCUUCGUAUUCGCGCGCUCUUCUCAUCAUGUGUGGUACCAAGUCUUGAGUUAUCUAAGACUGAAUCGCUUGCUUAGGUUUCAAAGGAUGAUGAAGUUUUUCGACGUCCGUGAAAAUGAGCUUGGAAGCAACACUGCUGUGCUGCGUGCCAUUAAGUUCUGUGCUAUGGGUACCAUCUUGAUACAUCUGUUCUCGUGUAUUUGGUUUUGGCUUGGAUGCGACAAUGUUGGCUUGCCUAAUCACACCUGCUUAGCUGAUGGCUGGGCAAUGGUGCUAAACACAGGAAUAGAUAAGAUCCCUCUUUGGAACAAGUAUGUGUUAAGCCUCUACUGGGCCACAGCAACUGCUACAUCAACAGGAUAUGGUGAUAUUCAUGCUGUUAACAAUACUGAGAAGUGGUUUUCCAUAGUUGCUAUGUUGGUUGGGAUUGCUUUGUUCUUUGGACUAAUUCUUGGUGGUAUGGCAUCAAUGUUGACCAACUCCGACUCCAGGAGAGCUCGCUAUUCUCACCAUCUAAAUGUUAUCAAAGACUACCUGGUAGAUGUUGGUAUAGACGAUACCAUCCAAGACAAGGUCAUGGCUUACUAUGAAUACUUGUGGUCCACAAGCAAGGGAGUCAACGGUCUUGGAAUCUUUGAUGAUUUACCACUCACAUUCCAAGCAGAACUGUCCUUAAGCAUCAACCGUAAAGUUCUUGACAAGGCUCCUCUCUUCAUGGGAUUGAGCCCAGGCUUCAAGCGUAUGCUAUCUUUAGUCAUCAAGCCAAUGUUUUUCAUGCCAAACCAAGUCAUAGCGAAGAAAGGGGAGAUUGGCCACCAUAUGUAUUACAUCCACAAGGGCAAAGCAGAGAUCCUCAAUGAGAAUAAUGACAGUGUUCUCCUCACCCUCACAGAGGGCAAGCUGUUUGGCGAAGUCAGUUUGGUGUAUAAUCUACCUCGAUCUACCACUGUUCGUGCUGCUAGCCUCUGCGUGAUAUUCACACUGGAUCGUGCGGACAUGAACCGGGUUAUCAAGCAUUAUCCUGAAGUUGCAGAAAAACUUUACACAGCUGUAGAACAUCGUUGUGACUUGAUGACUCGAACCAGGACGGACACGGAGAUAAGUGAGCACGACGAGACAACCUGGGAUGAACCAGGGCUGAAGAAAUCUAGCAUCGUGACCCUGAUUCGUCGUGCACUGAAUCACGUGAUCAUGCCAGACUCCACGUUCCUGAUGAUCUGGGAACGUGUUCACCUGGUUGCCGUGCUACUUGUCUGCUUUUUUUAUCCAUACGUUUCAUCAUUCUCCGUCAGUCUUCACGCCCUUGGUUACGGAGAGAGCGUUACUAUGACAAUAGUCUUUGCCUUGACCUAUCUGCUUGACGUCGUCUUGUUGAUGGACUUUCUGAUGCGGUUCAACCUUGCCACCCCCGCGACUACAGAACUCAAGGAAAUUCGUCAUAAUUACAUCCGUACCUUUCUGUUCUGGACCGACUUCUUGUCUGUCCUACCGUUGGAAAUCUUUGCGUUUACCGUAGCCCCACUUCAUGAACGCUGGCACGCAGUGACAUUUCUCAGGCUUAACAGACUCUUGAAAGUCCUUCGGAUGUCAGCGUUCUUCAGCGAGCUAGAGGACAGAUUGGAAUACAAUAUUGGCAGAAUUCGAGCUGUCAAGUUUGCUAUCUACAUUACUCUUGCUACCCAUCUCUGCGCCUGUUUGUGGUUCUUUGAGUCUUGUUAUGGCGAAAGCUGUGCCCAUGGAAGCUGGGCCCAGCACAUAGCCAAACUCGACGUAGGAUUAGACGAGUACAUAGCAUCCAUGUACUGGGCUGCCGCCACCAUGUCCUCCACAGGAUAUGGUGACAUUCAUGCUCAUUAUGUCUCAAGCCAACUUGUUGCGGUAGUGGUGAUGUUUUUUGGGAUGAUGUUGUAUGGGUACUGCUUGAGUAGCAUCGCUGCCACCCUGGCCAAUUCUGCUUCACCUAAAGUGGAGUUCCUUGAGCGAAUCAAUGCUGUUGAGACGUUCAUGGUCAACAACAACCUGUCAUCUGAGUUGAUAGCACAAGUCCAUCGUUAUCUUACUACUUUGUGGAAUAUUCAUAGGGGUGAGGUCAUUCCUCGUGCAAAGCGAUUGAUGGAUGACAUGCCGAUAUCUCUACAACAAGAUGUGACAGCAGGAGAAGCCAAGGAAGUCAUAGAAAAGGUUCCCAUCUUCAUGGAGACAGAAGAUUCAUUCUUACGCAAACUCUCUCUCAAAACAACAUCCUACAUGUUCAAUCCAGGUGACUAUAUUGUCUACGCUGGCGAUAUGGGCCGUGAGAUGUAUUGUGUAAGAAGGGGACUGGUAGAUGUGAUUGGCGAUGAUGGAGUAAAGCUUGCUACUCUUGGCCCUGGAGGUUUCUUUGGAGAGGUUGGUCUCAUCUUUGGUGAGAGUCGUUUAGCUUCAGUCCUGGCCAAAACACACUGCCAGAUUCUGAUGCUGACCAAAGAUGAUCUUGAUGACGUCCUCCAGUAUUUCCCAGUGGUUGCCAGGCAACUUGGCGAGGCUGGUGCGAGCAACACUCACUUGCAAGAAAUCCAGAAGGCUGCGAUUCAGACUGCUAGGACAGCCAUCCGACGCAUGUCAUUGACAGUUCAGGGUAAUUCAUCGUCCCAAGAAGCUGGAAAGCUGGCAGCCAUUGCCAAGAAGUCGUCACAGAUAACACCCAUUGAUCACUGUGAGUUAGCGAUCUUGAAUCAUAUUGAUGUCGAGGAAGAAAUUAAAAGGCCAUAUCGUGAACUUUCACCUCUGGCCAGGAUUUUCUCUUUCUUUCUCAUGAGGAAGGGGAUUGUACCAACUCGCACGUGGUUCAGAGUGUGGCAAGCAACGACCAUCUUUAUUGCUGGGAUCUACAUGGUCACCUUGGGGCUCCAAGCAGCUGUUCUUCACGUUGAUAUCCCUCUGUGGAUCCUCAACUACAUCUUUGAUGUCAUGUUUUUGGUUGAUAUAUACAUCAAGUUCCACGUGGGAUUCUACAACGACAAUAACAUCCUCGUGACCCAUCCUGUGAUGACAGCAAAGAACUACUUAAGAACUAACUUUUUCUUGGAUUUGUUUUGCUGUCUGCCAACCGAUAUUAUCGUGCUUGCUAUCUGGCCUGAGCAGUACGGAGUGUUGCGUAUCCUGGCCUUUGCAAGGCUGAACAGAUGCCUCCAUAUCUACAAAAUCGCGCUGUUUUUUGGAUUCAUGGAAGGUCGUCUUGGAAAAUCCGAAAACUUUUACAGAAAAUUCAAGUUUGCGGUGUACAUGGGUCUGUUUACGCACUACGUGGCCUGUGGGUGGCUUGUUAUCUCAUGUGUUGGUCAGGAUGAUGGCACACAUGAGUGUAAGAGCGACUCUUGGGUCAAGAAUGUAAUUCAUGAAAUAGGGCACGACGCUGCUUAUCAUCGUUACAUGACGACUUUCUACUGGGCAGCGGCGACAACCGCUUCUGUUGGUUAUGGUGACGUGCACGCUUACCUUACUGGCGAGAUGACAUACUCUUUGUUCUGCAUGGUGAUUGGCAUCGUGUUCUACGGUUACAUCAUCGCUGCCGUCGCCGCUAGUUUGGCCAACGCAGACGCGCAAAGAGCUCGCUACCAAGAACGUCUCGGUGCCAUCAAAAACUUCCUUGAGGACCAGAAUAUCGCAGAACACCUACGAAACCGUGUUAUCAGUCAUUACGAGUAUAUUUGGAUUCGUAAUCGAGGUGUUGACCCAAGCUCUCUCUUCCAAGGGAUACCGCUGGCCUUACAAGCCGACAUAACACUUAGUGUGUACAAGGAUAUGAUAGAGAAGGUACCUUUGUUCCAAGGGACGGAAAUCGGUUUCUUGAAGAUGUUAUCGAUGUACAUAAAGCCUGUGUAUUUCUUGGCCAAAGAAUAUGUAGUGAGGAAAGGCGACAUUGGACAAGAGAUGUAUUUUAUCCAUGCGGGUCAAGUUGAAGUGGUCUCCGAGCAUGAAAGACCUAUCGUAUUCGACACAAUGGGAGGUGGCAGGUUCUUUGGCGAGAUCAGUAUUGUCUUUAGCUGUCCAAGAACCGCCUCCAUCAGGACGAAAACCAACUGUGAUGUGUUCGUACUGACCAAAGCUGACCUUGACGAGGUACUGAGUCACUACCCUUUGAUCAAGAAGAAAAUCUUAGAGACUGCAGAGGAGAGACAGAGGAUGGUCAGGGAGAGAGCUGCUGCUUUCGCUGCCAAGAAGAAGGAGGAAGAAGACCAGAAGAAGAAAGAGGAGGAAGAUAGGAAGAGACGAGAGGAAGAGAAUAAGGAUAAAGAGAGUGUUAAAGACGAUGAUGGAAAAAACACCAAGGAAACGAAGAAAGAAGAACCGGCAGAAACGACGGUUGUAGUAGAGGACGCGGCAGACGAGAAGACCAGUUGCAUCAAAACCUGUUUUACCGGUUCAUUAGAACYUAUCACUGGGCUUGUGAUCAUGCCUGAUAGUAAGCUUAGGAUCAUCACCUUCGUCAACUGCCUUCUUAUCUUUGCCACGAGUAUCACCAUCACUUACAUGGCCGCAUUUCAAGACCAUCCGUGGUACCUGCUCACCUUCGACUACGUCUGUGAAGCGUCAUUUUACUUAGAGAUAUUCUUCAACUUCCACCUGGCCUUCGUCGACAACGUCGGUGACGUCAUUACCGACCACCGGAGCCUGGUAAUGAAUUACGUCAAGGGGAAGUUCCGAUUCGACCUGGUUGCUAACUUCCCUAUCGACAUCUUUGCACUGGCUGCACCCGCGGGCAGAAAACUCGAGAUUCUAUCAUUCCUUAGGCUUCUUCACUUGUUGAGACUCGUGCGGAUGGAGCAGUUUUUCACUGAAUACGGCAAGAAGCUUGACAUCGAUGUAUUCAAGGUUCGCAUGAGCAAGCUUCUGUUUGAUGUCAUUCUCAUGGUGCACCUGUUUGCCUGUGGAUGGUAUUUUAUCGACUGCCCUGAUGCUGUGUGCUGGCCAGAAGAGUCCUGGAUCUUUACUCAAGGACUAGAAACCAGCAGCGCCAUCWGUCUAUACAGCACGGCACUUUACUGGGUCGUUGCCACGGUUACGUCUACUGGAUACGGUGACGUCCACGCGGACAAUGAUGUCGAGAUGGUGUACGCAAGCUCUGUCAUGGUGAUCGGCAAGCUUGURUUUGGUUUUAUCCUUGGUAAUAUCGCUUCAACAUUAGCUAACGCUGAGAUCGGCCGAGUAAAGUACGAGGAAAAGCUAGGAGCCAUUGAGGCACACAUGGAUGACCAAGAAAUCCCUCCCACGCUUCAACAUCGCGUUAAAAACUUUUACCAGUUUAUCUGGAAUACAAACAAGUAA